AAAGAAAGACAAAGCCACGGCUGUCCCGGCGCGCGCGCUCCCAGUGGAUCGCGCUCCCUCGAACGGGGCGCGGAUGUCCGGCUUCGACCAGGCUGUGAGCCGACGGCCUCGACGACGAACUCGGGCUUAGCCUCGAGCAGCGGACCCUCCGCCAGCGCCGCGGCCCCGCCCGCCAGUACCAGGGAGCGCGUGGGUUCGCGUCUCCCCGGCGGAGCUUGGGCUCGCCGAGCCCAGACACCCGUCGGCGGCCGUCUGCUCCUCCUCCACUCGAAGGAACAGUUGCUCUUCACACUCGGAAGGGCCCGCCGUCGUCCUCGGUGGUUCGGUGAGGCGGCUCCAACAUGGCCGACGAAGGACCGAUAGCAGUGGAGACGACACCGGCCCCGCCGCCGCCCGAAGAGGGCCUGGUGAGUGGCGCCCAGAGCCCACAAUUGGAUGCGAUGCAGAUGCUCAGCAAAGUCCGGCAAGCCGACGGCAUCCAGUACAGCUUUCCAGUAACGCCCGACCACUUCCUCAUACCGGCAAACAUGACGGCCGACACGGAGGUCUACAUCUUCGGACUGUUGGCACCACAGGCCGAGAGACUGGAGGUCAAGUUCCGCGAGGCGAAGACCGAGGAGCACGUGUCGCUGCUCGUUCUCAUCGAGCUCCAGCCGACACCGUACGUUGCGCUGCGAACGUACAACAAGAAGGUCGCCGAGGACGUGGCCAAAGAGGACACCCAAAUUGCCGCCGGAAGCGCCCUCUGCAUCCGCGUAAAGGCCUACGGCGACGGGAGCGCCAAGGUCACCGUGAACGGGCACAACUUGACGUUUCCGCCACGUGACGGCUUCCCCCUGGACAAGGUUUUGUACUUCUCGCUACACGGCGACUUCUUCGCCGGCUCCGUGAGCAUCUUCAAAACACAGUGGCCGGAUCACUUGCACGUCACCAUUGGUCACCAGAUCUCCGCCGGCUACCAUUUCACUAUCGAAGGCAGCGUGACACCAGAUGCGGACAAGAUGAUGAUGAACAUUCUUCGGUCGCACGACGUGCACGACGACGUCCUGCUGGGCGUCGUGGCACAGUUCGCAGACACUAAGCAGCUGGUGCGGCGAACCAAGCAGGAGGGCGUCUGGCUCGAAGAGCAGGUGGACCCGGAGAUGCCGUUCGAGCCGGGCCAGCCGUUCACCGUCGACAUCGCGGUGGGCGAACAAAACUUCCAGAUGACCGUCAACGGCCAGCUGCUGCCGCCGUACAAGCACAAGGUCUUUUACGGCAUCGGACACAACCUGUGUCUCGAGAAGAACGCAAAGUUUAAAAACUUGCGCGUCUGCUCCAUUAGCCAUCCCAAGCAUUGGAGCAACAAGCCGCCGAACUUUCAGAAAGCAACAUUGCUGUUUUUCAAUGCGAAUUCGCCGGUCAGCUCGCCCAUUCAGCUCGAGCCUGGAAACUCCUUUUAUGUGCAAGGAACGCCACGACCGCCUUGCACUGAGUUCAAGAUUGCACUGUCGAAGGGCGCCGAGGAGACCGCCGAAGCGCUGCUCGUAGUCCACGUCCUGCUUAAGAAUGGCCUCAUGUUCGUCUACGACGGCACCGACGGAAACAAGGGUGCCGGCCACCAGCUCAAGGUCAAGGCCAACCGCCUCUUUUCGUGCAGAGUGGACGCGCUCGCCGACAACUUCAAAGUCUGGGUGAACACCUUAUCUGCUACAGACUCGAAUACCGACCCCUUCGAGGUGAAGCACAGGUUCUCCCUCAACGAAGCCGGCUUUCUCAACACCUUCGGCGAGAUCAAGAACGUCACGGGGGUGAAGUCGACAGAGGACAUCUUGGAGUGAUUGGCCGGCCUCGCGAUCCAGCCAAUGACAGGCACCAUAAACCGGCGAUCGCUGUUAGAUUGCCUCGUUGGCCAUUUUCCCGUCACCUGUUGUGAUGACCUGUCCCAUUUAAUAAGGCUAAUAAGGAUCGGGCCUUGGUGGCUAGCUAUCAGCUGUCGCCGGAUCGGAGCAUCCAGCUAAGCGCCGCUUGACAGUGACCGAGACGGCGAAGACCCUGCGCGAAGAAAAAGCAACGCAAAUCGAAAAGUGAUUGGCUAUGAAGUCCUUGCGCAGAAAAGGAAUUAGUGAAACAAAAAACAAGGAAUGCAUUUCCAUUGGUCGUCGGACUUGUUAGUGAAUAAAUUUUCGUUUGUCACUGCU